AACUCGACGUGUUUGGUCGAUCAUCGUUUUCAGUGCAAUCCGGCGUUCGAGAUCUAUCACAAUGCGUAUCGGUGCAACGAUCCCCAACUUCCAGGCGGAAACCACGAAGGGGCCCAUCGAUUUCUACAAUUGGCUUGGUGAUUCUUGGUGCGUUCUGUUCUCUCAUCCGGCCGACUUCACCCCGGUGUGCACGACCGAACUCGGGCGGAUCGCGGUACACAAGGAGCACUUUGCUAAGCGCAACGUGAAGGUGUUGGCGCACUCCGUGGACGACCUCAAGUGCCACGUAGAUUGGGUCAAUGACAUUAAGUCGUACUGCCCGGACAUCAUCGGUAACUUCCCGUACCCGAUCAUUGCCGACCCGAGCCGUGCUUUGGCAGUCAAGUUCGGAAUGCUCGACGAAAAGGACAAGGACGACGUUGAGCUGGGCCAAACAGUUCGUGCGCUGUUCAUCAUCAGUCCGGACCGGAAGGUUCGCCUGACGAUGCACUACCCGACUUCGACUGGCCGUAACGUUGAUGAAAUUUUGCGCGUAAUCGAUUCGCUUCAGCUGACCGACCGGUUGAAGGUGAUUGCGACUCCAGCGAACUGGACGCCGGGCACUAAGGUGAUGAUUCUGCCGAGUGUUAGCGAGGAGGACGCCGACAAGCUGUUCCCGAACGGAAUCGAGCGUGUUUCCAUGCCGUCUGGCAAUGUCUACGUGCGCACCACAACCGACUACAAGUAAACUCCCGGUAAAUUCCGCACGGUUCUAUCAGAUUAGCAAUGUGUACACUGCAUACGAAAAGAAUAAAGUCUUCAUAAG